AUGGAUCCCACGUACAAGGCCCGGAAAGAGGCCUUUGUGUCCAAUCUCGCAGGAAGCAACCUCUCCGACAUCAACGCUGUCGCUUUUGUCGCACCAGCAUCAGUUCUUCUUUGGUCGGCACUCCAAUCUCGAUUGUCCUUCUUCACGCCCUACAGCCCGGCCGCGCUUUUGACUGAUUUCAUUCUCAAUGUCCUGGCCAUUCUUUUCGCAACCACCGCUUAUUCAUCCGCGCCCGUCCUCUUGAAUAUCUUCUUGAUCACCCCGGCCGUUCUGCUCUAUCUCACUCAGCCCCCUCAUCGCUCCCAACAAAAGGCCAAGCCUCCCCGCAAGACCGUCAAUACAGAUGGCUCAUCCCCAGACCAGGCAGGGUCCCUGCCCGUUCAUCCUUUUCUCACAACCUACCGUGCUGCUAUGAUGAUCAUCACCUGCGUUGCGAUUCUGGCAGUCGAUUUCCGGGUGUUUCCCCGUCGUUUUGCCAAGGUCGAAAACUGGGGCACAUCAUUGAUGGAUUUGGGGGUGGGCUCCUUUGUUUUCUCUGCCGGUGUGGUCUCAGCCCGGGCGGUGCUCAAGAGUCGUGCUUCUCAGUCCAAGAAGACGCCCUUCAUUGGGCGACUGAUUCAGUCAGCACGCCAUUCGAUUCCCCUGCUCGUCCUGGGUCUCGUUCGCCUGUGGAGUGUGAAAGGUCUGGACUAUGCCGAGCAUGUGACCGAAUACGGUGUCCAUUGGAACUUCUUCUUCACUUUGGGCUUCUUGCCUCCCUUUGUGGAGGUCUUUGACUCGUUGACUGCCCUGAUCCCAUCAUACGAAGCCCUGGCGGUCAUCAUCGCCAUUGCGUAUCAGGUAGCUCUCGAGUCUACCAAUCUCAAGAGCUACAUUCUAGUGUCCCCCCGCGGUCCGGACCUCUUGUCCAAGAACCGGGAGGGAGUUUUCUCUUUCCUGGGCUAUCUGGCCAUAUUCCUCGCGGGGCGAGGCGUGGGGACCCGCAUCAUCCCUCGGGGCACUUCUUCUACUCAAACUCCUCGGCAAGCCCGGAACUCGGUGAUCACGAGCCUGGGGAUUCAGGUGGCCUUUUGGCUGACAAUGUUUUUCUUCAAUUCCUCGUACGCAUUUGGGUACGGAGCGAACAUUCUGGUUUCCCGGCGACUGGCUAACAUGCCAUAUGUCUUGUGGGUCGCUGCUUUCAACAGCGCACAACUGCUGCUGUUCUGUCUCGUGGAGACGAUCUUCUUCCCCUCGGUGCACCGCGCCACUGGUCUGGAAGGAGAGCAGGAACGAAACGCUUUUGCGACUAGUCCGAUCCUCCAUGCCUUCAACCGGAGUGGUCUAGCGAUCUUCCUGGCGGCUAAUCUGCUCACUGGCCUCGUCAAUUUGACCGUUCCAACAUUGGAUGUCAAAACACCCCAAGCGAUGGCUAUCUUGGUGGUGUACACAGGUGUCUUGACUGGUCUUGCCCUGGUCAUGGACAAGUACAAUGUCAAACUCCGUCUGUAG